AUGAUCAUGGACAUGCGCUUCAUCAAGUCGUCUGACCAAAUCAUGUUCUACAUGUACUACGAAGAUCCAGAAACAGUUUUUUGUACCAUCGAGGUCCUGGCUGCCGCAAAAACGAGAGGCUUCGAGGAUUUUUCAGCAAUGCUCGCCCAGCAUUGGAUAUCAGAAUAUAAAGCAAGAGUACAUUGGGGGAGACUCUGGGAGCAUAUUCCUGGUAUUGUUCCUUACCUCCGCGAGCAGGCUGGGCCUCAGCUGGAUCAAUUCGAGAGAAUUCGCAAGAAAUACGACCCGCAGGGCAUGUUCCUGAACGAGACCCUUGCCGGGAUUCUGGGACACAAGUAA